AGUUUCCGAGCAACAACACGGAAGUAACAUCUAGCCGGAAGUUCUAGGGCUCGCAUUGGGAGGGGUGGGGGCGGGGAGCCGCAGGCCGACUGAGGGCAGAAUGGCGGCUCAAAUUCCAAUCGUGGCUGCUACUUCUACCCCCGCCGUAGCUAGGAACAGCAAGAAGAGGCCGGCUAGCCCUUCUCACAACAGCAGUGGAGGGGGGUAUGGUGCUAGUAAGAAGAAAAAGCUGUCGGCCUCCGGCUUUGCUCAGGGUGUCAGCAUUGAAGCCAUGAGUGAGAGUAAAAUGGCGUCUUCUGAGAUCAGCUCGGGGCCUGUGGAGAAAGCUGCCAAGCCGUUGCCAUUUAAGGAUCCCAACUUCGUGCACUCUGGCCAUGGCGGCGCAGUAGCUGGCAAGAAGAAUAGAACCUGGAAGAACCUCAAACAGAUCCUCGCUGCUGAAAGGGCGUUGCCAUGGCAACUGAACGAUCCUAACUACUUCAGUAUUGAUGCUCCUCCGUCCUUUAAGCCAGCUAAGAAGUAUUCUGAUGUUUCAGGCCUUCUUGCCAGCUACACAGACCCUCAGAGCAAGCUGCGCUUCAGCACUGUGGAGGAAUUCUCCUAUAUUCGCAGGCUGCCUUCAGAUGUGGUCACAGGCUACCUGGCCCUGAGGAAGGCCACGAGCAUUGUGCCCUGAGCCUCACAAGUGGAGAUGAAGUGGGAAUGGCCGCAAAAGCAGACUGCACUUGUGACUUUGUUUCAUGGAAACAAGUAUUUCUGUUGUCAAUCUGAAAAUGUCAGCUCCAGGCUUUGGGAAGAAUGUCUGCCUUUACUGUGAGGAUUUUUUUGGUUUUUUUUUUCCCCCUCCAAGUGCAGCCUUCCUAGUUGAAUUAAAUCAUACUUCAGUUGUUGCCUCAAGUAAAAAUUGUUUGAUAAGAAAUGCAGUAAAAUUAGGCAUUUAAAUCAA